UGUGCUUCUUCUCUCCGUCUGAAAAUUUGGUUAAAAAAGGUUGCUUUUGGCAGAGGCGAAGACUCAAUCUUGCUUCCGGGCAAAUAUAGCCAUGGAGUCUCCCUCAGAUCCUACCAGUUGUCGAGAUGAAGACGACGCAAACCUUCGAUCGAUGGGAGAAGAAGGUCCUGUGGGGGCGGUGCACAUUCUGAUCCUGGUAAAACCCUAAUUCUGGAAAUGGCGGCGGACCAUCUCGAGAACCCACCGUAUCCCGAAGAAUCUGACGUUCGGGAUCAGUAAUCAGAGCCGACGAUUGAAGAAGGUAAGAACGAGGAAGACGACUUGGAAGUUACGGCUGCAGCGAACUCGCAAGUCGUCGGCUUCUCCUCUGUUUUCUGCCGCGGGGGUGGGGCGAAGCGGAAGAAGGGGAAUCUUAAGAAGAAACGCACUCUGGGGAAGUCUCAGGAGAAGCUCAAGGUACUUAUCGAAACCCUAAGGUCCUAGAUUUUUCUCGCCGUGAGAAGCUAUUGAAGACGCUCGGUUUGUGGGAUAUCGUGCAUUUGGAGUUCGACCGAAGUAUACGUUGUGAUCUCUCGUGGCGCAGCUUAUCGCGUUUUAUAGCCAAGAGGCAAGAGACUGUCUCUGAAAUGGCUGCAGAGGAGAAGCAUCAUCCUGUUGAGGAACAAAAUAUGGAUUUUGAGGAAACCAAGGAAGAAGAGGAUGAGAGGUGGCUUUGGCAUGGAAACAACCAUGGGGGUUUGCAUUUUAUUCGUCCAUGUGAUGUUGGCGGUGCAACCCAACGAGACGUAGAGAAUACAACGGAAGGAAAUAGGGAAGGGACAGAAGACGAAGCAAUCGAAGAUUUAGAGGAUGAGGAAGAUACAGAAAAACUUGGAGGGUUUCCUCUGUUCCCAAACGGUGAUACUCUACAUGAAAUUGCUCAGGAAAAUCUUAUGAUGGGAGAUGCAUCUCCGUUAGGUUAUAGCUCUAGGUUGCAAAUUCAUGGCAAUGCAACUGGUGAUUUCCAUGCAUCUAGAAUUGACAUGCACAUGGUUGCAGGUAGUUCUUCUCAUUUUGCGAACGGCAACAAAAGGGAGAUUGAUCGUGAGAAUGAUGAUAUAUCUUAGCAUCCGCAUAACUCUAGCACCAAGAGGUUGAGAACUGAUGAACACUCAUGGGAUGACAAGCCCGUGGAUGUUGGUAUGUGCUUGGACCAGGUGGAGCACUGGCUUAAUAAAAGUAGGUUGGCGUAUGCCGAAAAAGAAGAGACUUUUGGAGAAGCUCGUAUGCACCGUGAAUUACUGAUAGCUGAACUGCAUCGAAAGGAUGCAGUGAUUCAGAAAUUGUAUGAAGUGAAACAGAGGAAAGAUUUAGAGAUCUAUAAGCUUGCGAAUGAGCUUCGGAUGAUGACGAGUGUAUUGGAAGGUUACAGAAAGGGCUUGAAAGAAAAGCAGAAGGGAUUUAGAGAGCACGGGGCGUACAAGGAUGUGAAAGGGUCAGGGGGUUUAGUCGUGAGCGUUUCUGAACUUGAAAAGCGACAGUUGAAGCAAGAAGAGGAAGGCGGCGUCACCAAUAUUUUUUUAUUCGACAAUGUUUUCCCCAAUUUUCCAACCGGAGAACUAAAAAAUAGUGUGCGUUUUUGUA